AUGAACGGCUUCAUGUGGAACACUCUUGAGCCUGUGGAGAAUCGGAUAGCUACUCUCGAGGCCUUUGCUGUUGGGUUGACUAAGUACUACUCCCAACUACUUCAAGACUGUAGACCUGCGGGCUUGCCAGGAUGGAAAUUUGCGGAUCACGAAAUUGAACGUUUAGUGGUGAUCCUGUCGUACUUGUACGAGAAUCAGAACGGCUACUAUCUGCAGCAGAGAAACACGGCUCGUCGGGCAAGGGUCAAUGAGGAGACCCAGGCUUCGCGUUAUAUUGUUGAUAUGGACGUUGAUCCGAAAAAGCCAGGCAGCUUCGCUCCGCUGUGGGCUACCAUUGGAGCCGUUAAUCAAGUUGAUCAGCAUAUUGGCUGUAGUCCUCGCUCGGUGAAGCUCGUGGCGAAGAAACAUAUAUUUCUUAUACUGCCAGAUCGCGACGCCAGUGUUGGGAUGAAAUCUGGAAAAGCGGUCCGUAUAUUCCCGUGCUCCUUGAACUCGCACGAUAGUCUGCGUAGAUGGCAUGCUGGGGAAAAAGUAGCCGAAAAUGCAGUAGCUCUGUCGUGGACGCCGUCGUCGGGAAAGACGAGGGCCACAAAGGGUCGGGUCAAAGUUGAGGCCAAAGCCAUCGAGGAGGACGAUUGGGUACCGGGAUCGAACCUGCGACCUUUCCAAUGUGCUCCUGUUACAGACUGCGACCCGAGAAUCAAUCGAAACGGCAGUAGUGUGAUGAACAUUUCGAUCGACCCUAGUGUGCUUGAGGAGCAUCUGCGUUCUGACAAGUCGCGAGUAGAGGCGCAGGAGGCCGAGCAGGUUCUCCUCCACGUUAUACAGGCUCGGCCAUUCCAUGUGAUGCUCAGUUCGAUUCCUAGUCGGGGAAGCGGGUCCUCUGGUGCCGAGCGUGGCGAGACAGACGUGUCGGCGCGGUCUCAGAAACGUACUCGAGAUUUGCGAUCGGCUCGGCAGAAGGUCAAGAAGAAGGAUGGUACUCAUAGUAAUACCGGUAGUUAUCACCGCGGUCAACUGGUUCGGCCUAGUGUCGUGUAUGACAGCGUUUUCGACUUGACACUAGAGCACGAUGAGGCUCCGGAUGUCUCUCGGAUCGACCCUGCACCAUCGACGGCCUCCGUCGCUGCGUUACUGGAGUUGGAGGAGGCUAGACGGGCGCUGAGUGUUGCUUUGGAUAAGGAAUUGGAAAGUCAGAGGAAAAUUAAACUGUUGCAGAAGCAGUUGGAAUCUGGCAGAGAGGCUCAGGAAGUGAAGCAACUAAGGAGAGAAUUGAGUAGAACUAAGGAGAAGCUUGAGAAGGUGGAGGCCGAGGCUCGCGAGAAGAUAAGGACUUUACAGCGUGAACUGGCUUUGGAGUUGGAGGCGAAGGACGAGGCAUUGAAACAAACUGAAGUUCUCGAGGAAAAGCUGGAGAGAAAACAGGCUAGUCAGGAGGAAGCGCUCGACAAUAUGAAGUCGUUAAGAAAAGAACUAAAAAAGAAAACUGAGCGGCUGAGGGCACUGCAGCAGCAGCAAGAAAUGAUGGGUAUGGUUGAUGACAAAAGAGUGGUAUCGUUGGAGCAGGAGUUGCAGACAGAAAACCAAAAUGUGAUGAGAUCUCUUAGGAGGGAACUGGAGAGGAAGGAGGUGAUGAUGAAGAACCUCCGAGAUCAGCUUGAAAAGGUGAAGGGGAGUAUGGGAGCACUGCGAGCUGAGAAGGAGGAAGCGCGGAAUGCUAGUCGGCAGGCUGUGCUCAGGCUGGAGGGGGAGUUGGCGGAGGCUGAAGCGAAAGUAAAGGAGUUUAAGGAGGAACAGGCUUACAUUCAGUGGUGGCUUUGGUGA